AUGAGGCCUAAGACGUUCCCAGCGGCACCCUACAUGGGCAAUACACGUCAACGGCUCCAGGAAAUCAAGGAGGGCCUAAAGCAGCCAGCCAAGCUGGUGAGCCACGCGCUACACGGGGGUGGCCAGCGGGCCGAAGGCGCCGGCCGCCCCACCGACUGCAAGGGUGGCAAGGAUUCGGCCGGGCGGCAGCAGCCCGUUCGGCCGCCGCAGAAGUUCAAUAACUACCAAAGUGCCCUCCGUGAGAUCCGCAAGUCGCUCAUGCCCUUUGCCAACGAGUCGGGAGCCUCGUCAGGGUCCGGUCAACCAGCCGUUGAGGUCAACCGACAGAUGCUGCAGGAGCUCGUCAACGCCGGAUGUGACCAGGAAAUGGCUGUCCGAGCGCUGAAGCAAACUGGGAGCAGGAACAUUGAGGCAGCCCUAGAAUAUAUCAGUAAAAUGGGGUACCUGGACCCUCGCAACGAGCUCAUUGUCCGCGUUAUCAAACAGACUUCGCCAGGAAAAGCUGGCAUGCCCCCCUCAAUGGAGCACCGUCCCUCGCUUGAGGCUGCAGGUGAAGCUGCUGGUGCUAUGCCCCCUUAUCACCCCAUGUAUGAGGGUGUGGCCGGAUAUUGUCCAGAAGGUGAGAUGUCCAGACCCUACAUGAGCGCUCCCCCUAUCAUGAACUACAUGAUGCCACCUUCUGGAACGGGACAGGGCCCCACCAUGGGGAACCCAAUGGGUCGACCGCCCAACAUGGGUAACUAUGCACCAGUGAUGGCACCUCAGAGUAACCCGCCCAACACCAUGUACCCCCCAGGGGGACAGCAGAAAGGGUAUCCUCCUGGUAUGGAGCAACACGGGCCCAUGAUGAGCUACAAUGUCCCCGGUCAACCGUUACCACCAGGGGGGCUAGUGCAGAGCCCCCAUUAUGACUAUGGCCACCCCCGGCCUCACUUAAUGGAGCCCACAGCCUAUGGAAUCAAGAGAACUGCCUCCUUUCAGAACAAGAUGGCUCCAUCCCCCAUAGCUGCCCCAGACAACUAUGUCAACAUCCAAGGUAAAGGUGCCAUGGUGCAGAAUGGUCCAGGAGGAGGUGCGGGGGGAUACCCCAUUAAUAUGUACUUGCCUCCUCACUCACACCCACGUCAGGCGAGCCCCACCUCACACCAGGUCCACAUGAUGUCCCGUUCCCCAGGGGGGGUCCCGCCCAUGGUACCGGACUUCCCAGAUCUUCCCCAGGGCUUGAUGACACCGUCCAGGGCGAGCCUCAACCUGGACUUGUAUGAGCACCACUGGGCGGGGCCUUCAGGUCCUGAAGGCCCUCCCCAAGCCAGACAGCCCCAACCCCAAGCUCCAUUCAGGUGUGAGGUCAGGGUGCCCAGCAGGGCCAACUCCUUCAACAGCCGCUCCACAGUGUCAAACGGUGUUCGGCCUCCCAUGAGUGCUCCCCAGGAUCCUUCCCUGGCUGCUCCCAACACGAUCACAGCAGUCACAUCUCCACCUAUCCAACAGCCAGUCAAGAGCAUUCGAGUGAUGAGACCCGAACCCAAGACAGCAGUGGGGCCGUGUCACCCCAGCUGGAUGUCAGCCCAAGGCCAAGAAGCGGCAGAACCACUGGCUUACAUGCCAGAGGACACUUACUCUCUGGACCCUCCCCAGGAGCCCCGGUGUCCGCCGCCACCUUACCCCAAGAAUCUCAUUAUGUCACCUAGUGAGAAUGGAGCCCUAGAGGGGGCUGGAGCUCUGGGAGGGACUCAGGAUCUCAGUAGUCCCGUUUCUCGAAGUACGCACAGUGGUAGCGGAGGGACCGAUGAUGGAUGCCAGCAGAUUAAGGAGAAGGCAAAGGCUGGCAAGAUUGAGAAAACGGUUAAAGACAAGAAGCAGAUCCAGACGUCGCCUGUCCCAGUUAGGAAGAACGGCAGAGAUGAGGAGAAGCGAGAAUCCCGGAUCAAGACCUACUCUCCCUUUGCCUUCAAGUUCUACAUGGAGCAGCACAUUGAAAAUGUCAUGAAGACCUACCAGCAGAAGCUCAACCGCCGGCUUCAGCUGGAACAGGAAAUGUCCAAGGCUGGCCUCUCUGAGGCGGAGCAGGACCAGAUGAGAAAGAUGCUCAACCAGAAGGAGUCAAACUACAACCGGCUGCGGCGCGCAAAGAUGGAGAAGUCCAUGUUUGUCAAAAUCAAAACCCUGGGCAUUGGUGCCUUCGGGGAAGUGUGUUUGACACGCAAGGUGGAUACGUACGCUCUGUACGCCAUGAAGACCCUGCGCAAGAAGGACGUGCUAAACAGGAACCAGGUGGCCCACGUGAAGGCUGAGCGUGACAUAUUAGCGGAAGCGGACAACGAGUGGGUAGUGCGCCUCUACUACUCCUUCCAGGACCGCGACAGCCUGUACUUCGUCAUGGACUACAUCCCCGGCGGCGACAUGAUGAGCCUUCUGAUCCGCAUGGGCGUCUUCCCUGAGACACUGGCGUGCUUCUACGUGGCUGAGCUGACACUGGCCAUCGAGAGCGUCCACAAGAUGGGGUUCAUCCACCGGGAUAUCAAGCCCGACAACAUCCUUAUCGAUUUGGACGGACAUAUCAAGUUGACAGACUUCGGCCUGUGCACGGGCUUCCGAUGGACUCACAACUCCAAGUACUACCAGAAAGGGAGCCACGUGAGACAGGACAGCAUGGAGCCUAGCGAUUUCUGGGAUGACGUGUCCAACUGCCGGUGUGGAGACCGGCUGAUGACGCUGGAACAGCGGGCCAAUCGGCAACACCAGCGCUGCCUGGCCCACUCGCUCGUGGGGACGCCCAACUACAUUGCACCCGAGGUGCUGCUGCGCAAAGGUGGGACCGCUGGAACGCGAUUACCUAUCUCAUCCAGUGGCGGUAACCAUGAAGCACUGAUUUAUGGUUUCUGUUGUGUGUCUUUAGGUUACACGCAAUUGUGUGACUGGUGGAGCGUAGGGGUGAUCUUGUUUGAGAUGCUGGUGGGCCAGCCGCCCUUCCUGGCACCCACUCCCACAGAGACUCAGAUUAAGGUAAUCAACUGGGAGAGUACGCUACAGGUGCCCGCCCAAGUGAAACUAAGUCCGGAAGCCGUGGACAUCAUCGGGCGCCUGUGCUGCUCGGCCCAGGACCGCCUGGGUGCCAACGGCGCUGGCGAGAUUAAGUCGCACCCCUUUUUCAGCAAGGUGGACUUCUCCAACAACCUCCGCCAGCAGCCCGCCCCCUAUCGACCCAAGAUCUCCCACCCUAUGGACACGUCCAAUUUUGACCCAGUGGAUGAGGAGGGCAGCCCCGGGGCCUGGAGUGACAGCGGGGACAGCACCCGGGCCCUGGACGCGUUGUGCUCGCCCCACGGCAAGCACCCAGAGCACGCCUUCUACGAGUUCACCUUCCGCAGGUUCUUCGAUGACAAUGGAUGCCCCUUCCGUUACCCCAAGCCCCUGGAGGCCGGUGAGGGGCCGCCCAGUCCUGAGGAAGAGGAUGAGGACGAAGAAGACGAUGAUGAUGAUGACGAGGAAGCGGGUGAAGGAUGUGAGCCGGUCUAUGUUUAGACUACCUGUC